CUUCCUCUCCGUUUAUGCUUAUACAUGGUGAUCACCGAGACAACACAAAAAGUGCAAACACUGCUUAACCAUGCACAAAGGAUCAGGGCAACAUGCCCAGGCUGACUACACUUGAGCCACAGCAUUGUCAAGCAAAUGGAAUCUGUGUAAUCGCAGACUCAUGACACGGAGAUUACCCCUGGCAUGGAACAGCCAAAGAAUGACAAUGAUGAGUUUCCCAUUGUCAUGAGAGAGGAAAACAGGAGGAGAAGGCGGAAGAUGCGAGCCAACACAAACAGGAACAUGCAGUACUAUUCUCUGGAGCAGCUGACUAUUGAGUUUGUCUUACCCACGCGCAACAAGCUCAACAAUGUCCAUGAGAAGGUCUCCCUGGAGGUGGCUGGGAAUUACACAGUGGAACAACUGAAAGCAAAGGUUUGGGUGAAAGCUGGUGGGAUCAGUGCUUGCCCGGAUUUCUAUCAGAAGCUUAGCCCAGACCAGUUCAGGUUAAUGUACCAGAAGAAGGGGCAGUGGUAUGAGAUAUAUGACAAACACCAGGUGAUUCAAACGUUGGACUGCAUCAACUACUGGAAGGCACUGCAGAAAAGCAAUGGAAAGAUUCACCUGGUACAGAAAGCAAGAGCCUCCAAAGAAUCCUUGCAGUUGCAAAAUGACCUGAACUACCUGAUUGGCUACGAUGUCACUGAUGUGAGCAAUGUCCAUGAUGAUGAGCUGGAGUUCACCCGGCGAAAACUAAUCACCCCUCAGCUGAAUGAGGUGUCCACCAGGGAUGCAAAACUGUAUUCAAUGGACCCUUGGAUUAUCUCAAAGCCCUUACCUGAAUUUCUGCUGAGUAAGAUCUGCAGUAAUAACAUUUUCAUAAUUAUUCACAGGGGAACGACAAGUCUGACUAUAAAAGUUUCCAUCAAUGAGACACCACAAAGCAUUCUGAAGAACUUCUUCAAGAAAAUGGCCAACAAAAAGGGCCUCCUGGAAAUUUCUGAGAACCAUAACGAGGAGGACUUUGUUCUUAGGGUCUGUGGCAGGGAGGAUUACAUAGUUGGUAACCACCCAAUCAAGGACUUCCAUUGGGUAAGAACCUGCCUGAAGAACGGUGAGGAAAUUCAUUUUGUCCUGGACCUACCCCCAGAUCCAGCUCUGGAUGAAGUUCAGAAAGAAGAGUGGCCUCCUGUGGAUGAUUGUACGGGGGUUACUGGAUCACAUGAACAAUUAACCCUGGAAGGAAGAGAUCAUGACAAAGUGUUCACCAUAUCCCUCUGGGAUUGUGACAGAAAGUUCAGGGUCAAAAUUAUAGGGAUUGAUAUUCCUGUGCUCCCAAGAAACACAGAACUUACUGUCUUUGUUGAGGCUAGUAUACUGCAUGGGCAGCAGGUGCUUACACAACAAAGGACCCCUACAAAAGUCUUUACUGAAGAAGUCCUGUGGAAUGUUUGGCUUGAAUUCGAUAUUAAAGUCAAGGAUCUAUCUAGGGGGGCACGACUGAAUCUUCAAGUUUACUGUGGUAAGGCACCAGCACAAGGUACGAAGGGUGCAUCCCAACCACAAGAUGAUAACACAUGGGAUGCCAAGAGUAAGAACCAUAUGCUGUACUAUGUCAACCUGUUGGUGAUCGACCAUCGAUCUCUCCUUCGACAAGGAGAGUAUGUGCUUCACAUGUGGAAGAUCCCUGAUAAAGGGGAAGAACAAGGCACUAUUGAAGCUGACAAGCUUACAUCAGCGACCAAUCCUGACAAGCAGACCUCCAUGGCCAUUUGCAUCCUGCUGGACAGGUACAAUUACCCAAUUACUCUUCCACGAAGCUGUCAAACCCACGACCCCGAGGUUGAGAGGUCAGGCCAUGAGAUGCACAGUCAGUUACGCAAACAGUUCGAAGAGAUCAUCAGUACUGACCCCCUGAACCCACUGAGCACUGAGGACAAAGAAUUAUUGUGGCAUUUCAAACAUGAAUGCAUGAGACAGCCUAAGGCCUACCCCAAGUUUCUUAGCUCAGUAAAAUGGGGACAACAGGAGGUAGUGCUGAAGACUCAUCAACUUUUAGGCAAACAGGACAUUUGGAACAGCAGCCCCUUGGAUGUGGGACUUGCAAUGCAGCUUCUGGAUUGCCGGUUUUCAGAUGAGCAGGUUCGGGCACUGGCCAUUCAAAAGCUGGAGACAUUUGACAAUAAUGAGGUGUUACAAUAUCUCUUACAGUUGGUCCAGGCAGUCAAGUUCGAGCCCUACCAUGACAGCGCCCUUGCUCGAUUUCUCCUCAAACGAGCAUUAAGAAGUAAACGAAUAGGGCAUUUUCUGUUCUGGUUCCUGAGGAGUGAAGUGGCUGAAUCGAUGCACUACCGCCAGCGUUAUGCGGUCAUUCUCGAGGCUUACCUCCGAGGCUGUGGGACAGCUAUGCUGAUGGAUUUCAUGAAGCAGGUCAAGGUGAUGGAAGCUCUGCACAAAGUCACAUUGGAGAUAAAGAACGUCACUGCUGACAAAUAUGAUGUUUCCGCUCAAGCAAUCUCUCAGUUAAGACACAAACUUGAGAAGCUCCAAUCAUCUGGUUUUCCAGAAUGUUUCCGAGUUCCAUAUGACCCUGGUCUCCGUGCAGGUGUGCUUGUGGUGGAUAAAUGCAAAGUCAUGCCAUCAAAGAAAAAGCCCUUGUGGCUAGAGUUUAAGUGUGCAGACCUCACCUCCAUAUCCAAGGAUACCAUUGGAAUCAUCUUUAAGCAUGGAGAUGACCUGCGGCAGGACAUGCUGAUCAUACAGAUCCUUAUAAUUAUGGACUCAAUCUGGGAGACAGAAUCCUUGGAUCUUUGUUUGUUGCCGUACGGGUGCAUUGCAACAGGGAACAAAAUCGGAAUCAUUCAAAUUGUAAAAGAUGCCACAACCAUAGCCAAGAUCCAGCAAAGCACAGUCGGCAACACUGGGGCAUUCAAGGAUGAAGUGUUGAAUCAUUGGCUGAAAGACAAGUGUCUGAUUGAGGACAAGUUCCAGUCUGCUGUGGAAAGGUUUGUUUACUCGUGUGCUGGGUAUUGUGUUGCUACCUACAUUCUGGGCAUAGGAGACAGGCACAAUGACAACAUUAUGAUCACAGAGUCAGGAAAUCUUUUCCAUAUCGAUUUUGGUCAUAUCCUUGGAAACUAUAAAAGCUUCCUGGGGAUCAAUAAGGAGAGAGUCCCCUUUGUUCUGACUCCUGACUUUCUCUUUGUAAUGGGCACAUCUGGCAAGAAGACAAGCCAACACUUCCAGAAGUUUCAGGAUAUCUGUGUCAAGGCCUACCUUGCACUCCGCCACCACACCAACCUGCUGAUUAUACUCUUCUCCAUGAUGGUAAUGACAGGGAUGCCACAACUAACCAGCAAAGAAGAUAUUGAAUAUAUUCGUGAGACACUUACUGUUGGCAAGAAUGAUGAAGAAGCCAAGAAGCACUUUCUGGACCAGAUCGAGAUCUGCCGGGACAAGGGAUGGACUGUCCAGUUCAAUUGGUUCCUCCACCUUGUGCUUGGGAUAAAACAGGGGGUUGAGAAACACUCUGCAUAGCUACUCAAAUUGGCAAAAUACAGGGGAAGGAUACGUGCAACAUAUGUCCUCAAACUGGGAAUGGUGCGCAGCUCUCUCCAGAAUCUAGCCUAAUCCCAGUGCAGUUUGUUUGCUCAGGUUAGGCCAGAACUUAGCUUUUCAAUGUUGAGCAUCAACCAAGCUUGAAAUGCAUUACUGUAUGCAAAAAAAACAGCAACAACACUGAAGCACAAUAUAGUUCAAAGAUAUGAAAGGUUGAAUCGAUCUCUGCUUUCAACAACAGGCAAAAGUAAGCUUGCCCUUCAGCCAAAGGGAAUGUUCAAUUGCUGGAGCCUGUGGUGAUUUUGAUAUAAACAGGCUGGACUUUUGCUGAGUUUAGAAAAUAGAAUGACAAUCUGUCAAAGACUGCAAGCUGCUUGUUGUUGGCUUAGGUGCUCAAGAGUAAAGCCAACUGUUCUCCAUUGAUUUCCACAAAGAAACAGAAAUCUCAAUGACUCAGACAUGGCUCAAAAUUCAAUUGGCUUCCGAAUCCCACCAGUAGAUGAAGAUUUAAAAUGCUUGCUGCUCCCUUUCCUCCUCUUUCUCACCAAAUUUACUAUCACUAUGGAAACCCCAUUGCAUUGAAUGGUGCUUAUAGUGACAAUUGCCCAAUUUCUACUUUAAGCAGCUUUUACAUUGGGUGUGCUGGGCACAACUCUCUUGCAGGCACUAGCCACCCAUUUUUAUUGUGUCUUUGUGGCCUUGGUGAAUAAAUUACCAGUUUAACUUUGGAGGUGCUGUCGACUGCAUCAGCACUAAGCCCAAUAUAAUGGCAGACUUGCAGGUUUCGCGGGGCCUCCAUUCACCUCUCAUAAACUGAGUCUAUUUGGCCCAUUGGUGCAUGAUCCCCUUGUACUCUAACUCACACUGCUCACUGUCCAGCUAUCUUUUUAAUACUCUAAUGCCUGACUCUGGUACCUUGCCUUAGAGAUCAUUCUGCACUCUUGUCAUCCAAUCCAUUCUCUGGAACUUCCUUGGGACUUCUGCUUCACUGCCUUAAUUCUGAUGGAGGUUUGCACAUAAACAAGGUUUCCAAAGUUACAUUAGAAGAUGAGAAACCCCUGAGAAAAGUCCAGCAGAUUAUUUCUAGCAAUCAUUUGUAAAAUUGUUCAGAAGAAUGUGAACAAUAUUUUGAAGGUGAUAAAGAGAGGAAAGGUGCUGUGUGUAUAUGAUUUGAUAGAGGUAUUUAAAAUUAUGAAGAGAUAAGACCCAGCAGUGUUGCCAACCCUCCAGGAUUGUCCUGGCGUCUUUAGGAAUUGAACAUUAAUCUCCAGGACUCUGCUGCGAGCAACUCAGCAGAAAGAUCACAGGGGCAUUAAUAGUUUUUUUUUCAUUUUCUCCACUCAGCCACAGUCAGCUGCCGCAUGCUUCAAUUUAAAAUUUUAGGUACCGUGGAAAAUUCCAUCAAUAAUUUAGAGCCUUGUUUGUCUAGGAUCAGGUGCAUGAUAACUGGUUUGCUCCUAUCAUGAAGUCUCAUUCUGGAGUGAAAUUCAGUUAUUUCUAGCGAGACUCUUUAAUAAAUUAAAUACAAACACUGAUCUCACUUGAAUAAUUAUGCUAAUGUACGUGUGAGCUGCAACAUAUUUGAAUCUAAAAUAAAAGUAGCUUUAUUGAA